UGCGCAGUGGUCUCGGGCUCUGCUGACCGUUGUCCCCCUCCGCCGCUGCCCAGGGACGGCUCCCCUGCUGCCUCCCCUGCCUCCUCCCCCUCCCCGGCUCGGGUCACAGCUCCACAGCGCAGCCGGGGAGGGGAGGAGCCCUCCAGCGCAGAACCGGGGCUCUAGGCUCGGCCCGCCCAGAGGGGCGUGGGAGGGCGGGGCGGCGGACUUCGGACUCCAGCCCCCACGCUCCGCUUUCCCUGCAGCCCUCCGCUCUCCCGGGCCGUCAGGGAGCCAUGUCGGCGCUGCUGGGGCUCCGGCCCGAGGUGCAGGACACCUGCGCCUCGCUGGGGCUGAUGCUCUUGGUCGUGCUGCUCAUGGGGCUGGCCCGCGUGAUCGCCCGGAGACAGCGGCACAGGCCCACGGCCCACGCCUUCGUCCUGGAGUUUCUAGCCACCUUCCAGCUCUGCUGCUGCACCCACGAGCUCCAACUGCUGAGCGAGCAGGAACCCGCGCACCCCACCUGGACGCUGACCCUCAUCUACUUCUUUUCCUUGGUGCACGGCCUGACCCUGGUGGGCACAGCUAGCAACCCGUGCGGCGUGAUGAUGCAGAUGAUUCUGGGGGGUAUGUCCCCGGAGUCGGGGGCCGUGAGGUUGUUGGCUCAGCUGGUUAGCGCCCUGUGCAGCAGGUACUGCGUAAGCGCCCUGUGGAGCCUGAGUCUGACCAAGUACCACUUCAACGAGAGGAGCUUAGCUUGCAAGAAUCCCAUCCACACGGACAUGUCCAAAGCGAUCAUCACAGAGGCCAUCUGCUCCUUCAUUUUCCACAGCGCUCUACUGCACUUCCAGGAGGUCCGAGCCAAGUUUAGCAUCCACCUGCUGGCUGCACUCAUCACCUUUCUGGCCUAUGCAGGAGGGAGCCUCACCGGAGCGCUGUUUAACCCGGCGCUGGCGCUGUCUCUGCACUUCCCCUGCUUUGAGGAAUCCUUCAACCAGUUCUUCGUAGUCUACUGGAUUGCCCCUUCUCUGGGUGUGCUGCUGAUGAUCCUGACGUUCAGUUUUUUCCUUCCGUGGCUGCACAACAACCAAACAACGAACAAAAGGGAGUAACGACUCCCAAAGACUCAAACUCAGUCACCGGACCGUCAAGGGGGUCUGACCCAUGUGACCCCCUCUCAAACUCUGGCCGCACUGGACUCGCCGCUGUCUCAACGUCCUUUGUGGACGGCGUCUUAAUGUUUUCACGACCUGCACUUAAAAUUACUGUGAAAAUGAGGUAGCCUGUCUUUCCCAGCUAAGUAAGACCUGUUCUUCUGAGUGAUGUAUUAAAUGCUGCUAGAAAAGGCUCAUUCAUUAAUCCUCUAUAAAUCCCAGGUGAUUACUCACUGUGAUAAAAAAAAAAAGUGAAUAGAAAGUUAAGAGGGGAAGGAGGAGGACCACUGGCUGUGCAGGACCAAAGCAAUUCUGUAUUGUCCCUCUGAACGACCUGGGCUAAGCUCAAGCGUCACAGUCGGGGAGCUAGAGGAGGUGCUUUUCGGCCACAUCUUAGCGACACCAUCAGUAACGGCAUCUCUUAAUAGAAGAGUUGGUUUGACACCGGGUCUCACUUGUGGCCUGACUGGCCUGAAGCUUCCUGUCUGGACCAGGCUGGCCUCAAACCUGCAGUGAUUCUGUCGCCUCUGCCUCCCAAAGGGGAUUACAGAGGUGUGUCAUCACAAUCAGGGUUUGUUUUAUUUUUGUUUGGGGGUAUGGGCUCAUACGAUGUAGCCCAGGAUGGCCUUGAACUCACCACCCCCUUGAGUGCUGGGAUUAUAGAUUUAUACUACCGCAACUGCCUCAGGUUUCCUAGCUUUUAAAUAUAUUCUAAGCCCGAAACGAUUUCUCUUAAGUAGACAGUUUCAGCCAAUUGUCUUAAUACAAAGAAUAUGGUAAAACACCCCACAGCCGGGAUUUGAUCUCUUCGCUUUUCAAUUGCACUUGGCAGCUCCCUGGAGAUACAGGUGGGUUCUUGCUCUGUGGCUUUAUUUCUGUAAUGACGCACUGGCAUGCUCAAAUGACAUUCCAGCGACAAACUGUGGGCAAUGAGCUGUUCACCCAGUUUACAUGCUCAGGAGCUAAGCCUAGAGGUGCGCUUUGUGCCCCCACCCCUGUCGAGGCAAAUGUAACUCUACACAGACUUCUCAGCAACAAAAACUCCUUCCAGUCAGCAGUGACUAGAGGAAGAUUCUCAAUAUUAAAAUCUUUUUAUGAAAUUUA